CAAAAUGUCACAUAUUUCUGUUUUUAGAUAAUAAUUAUUGUCUAUAUAUAUUUAUUCGUCUUUGUAAAUGUCGUCGUCAGGUCUUCCAGCUGUCAUUGUCGCAAUUACUCUGGCAAUUAACCACACAAACAAUUACAUCAGAAUUGCGGACGUCUGCUGGCUAUCCAAGGUGUCUUUCUACGUCGCUUUCCUGGCUCCUGUGGUGGCCAUUCUCCUCUUCAACUUUAUCGUGAUUUUUCUCGCUAUCUGUCGACGUAGCUCAAAGAAAAGUGACGAGCAGUCUGAACACGAAAUAAAGAAAAUGCGUGUUUUUGGCAUCUUUAGUGUGACCAUCUUGUUCGUGUUAUCUUGGGUCAUAGCAUUCAUCGCUGAGGAAGAAGGAGUUGGAGUGUUUCACAUACUCUUCAUUAUCUUCAAUAUCCUUCUCGGAAUGUUUAUCUUCAUAUUCUACUGUAUAUACAAGAAAGAUGCCAGAGAUGCCAUUUCCUCAUAUGCAAUGAGAGCCAAUAAAAGUUCAAAUUCUGGUAAUAAAACAGAUGUUGGAACAGCAGAGAAGAGAACAUAAUUAAGAAUAUAAAAAAUUUAUGUCUUUGAGAAUCUUCUUUUCUUCAUAUAUUACAUUAAACAUGCUUGCAUAAAAGAGAACUUCAUUUUUAUCUAUCAAUACAACACUACGAAACUUAAACACUUUAUAAACUGAAAUGUACUUUAAACCUUCUUAUUUUCUGUAACUCACAAAAUCUAACAUCAUAUGGUUUGAUUUGUAAUUCUAUAGAUAAUUUCUAACUGCCAAUUUUCACUACU